GCUCUGAAACAUCAGCCGGAUCGCGCGGAUUGCAGAGCCUAGAACCGAACGAAUGGCGUCGACUGUGCCGCGAAGCGAGUUGAAGUUCACCAAGAUGUGCAGGCAUUGGAUCGCAGGGAAGUGCAACAUGGGUCAAAGCUGCAACUUUGCUCAUUCAGACCUGGAGCUCAGAGAGCAGCCGAACCUCGUGGCCACCCAGCUCUGUUUCCGUUUCUCCGCCAAAGGCAGAUGUAAUAAAGGUGCCAAGUGCACCUUCGCCCAUGGUCGAGAGGAGUUGCGCAGAACUGAGAAACGUCGAGACUCGCGACGUGCGAAUCUGGAGCCGAUGAGGGUCAAACUGCAGGAUGACUGCAGGGAUCAAGUGGCCGUGACAAGCGUCACACUGGCAAGCGCACCCAUGUCCGUACAGGAUUUGAGCUGCGGGCUGCUCUCGGUCAUCUCGCCGCCUCCGGGACUGGAACCGCCGACACGUCAGCCUUUGAGCAUCGAUGCGCUCCUACGCAAGGACUGUUCCGAGACGGUCAGUUUGGCAUCCACCCGUAGCCCCAGAGAUGAAAUGUGAGGUUGAAUGGGUGCACCAUGGUCCACCGCCUCGGCAUCCAGUGUCCAAAUCUUCCCGUAGUUUCAAGAGUUUAUGACUGCAAGCGAACUUCGGCUUGGAGAAGCCACUAGAAGCCACUAGAAGCAUCGUGUACAGCCGAGAUGUACAGACACUGCCUCAGUCAGUGUAGCUUCAACAAAGUCAACAAAGUCAACGGUACUUCCCCCAGGAACCUUUGUGUCGCUUUCUGUUC